AUGGCGUCCUCCACGGCAUCCCUAAUAUCCUUCACCCCAGAAUUCACCGCCGACAACGAAACAAACCGAUUAGAAGAUGAAAGUGAGGAGGAAUUGACAAUGGCCCUGGCGAUUGAAGUCUUACCCGUGCCGGGCGGUCCCCAGAAAAUCAUAGAAGGGAGGCGAUUGCAGUCGAUGGCAGAGCGAAGGAAGGAGUUUCCAGCGAGAAGAUGUUCCUGUCCCACCACCUCAUCGAUGGUCCGAGGGCGCAUUCGCUCCGCCAACGGCUCAGAAGGAACAAAAGACCCAAAAUUUCUUCUCGAUGAUUCUAUGAAUGGUUCUUCUCGUUUGAGACGCUUUUUUAGGCGAAAUUCUGAUUGUGAUUGCGAUUGUGGUUGUUCGUCUGCUUCUUCUGCUUCUGGUUCAUGGCGGUGCUGUGUUAAUUUUUGUUUGUUGGAUUGA